ACCUUCAAGGUCGUCUAAUCGAUCUCUGCACAGCUCUGUUGCUCUGGCAUCUUUAUUUAUCAGCCUUGCCUGGCCCUGAAGCGCAGGCUGCUGCCACUCUACCUCUGCUGUCGGCGCUAGCUAGCUUUGAAUCAGCUGUAUGCUUUCAGUAAUGCCUUCCAACAUCUCUCUACCUCAGUGACAAUCCAGGCAGUGAUAACACCACGCACCUGCUAAAGGCCAUGGGUCUGCCACAGAGCUCCUUUCUGACGGACGGGGGGACUAACUAUGGAUAUCAUGUGCACGGGAUUCAAGAGGACUCCCCUGCUCUGAGAGCUGGGCUGGAGCCUUUCUUUGACUUCAUUCUCUCCAUUGGAAAUACAAGACUUAACAAAGAGAGCGACUUGCUGAAAGACCUGCUCAAAGCCAAUAUGGAGAAAGCAGUCAAACUGGAAGUGUACAACUCUAAAACCCAGCGGGUGAGGGAGCUGGAGGUCACGCCCAGUAACAUGUGGGGCGGUCAGGGUCUGCUGGGUGCGAGUGUCCGGUUCUGCAGUUUUGAGGGAGCCAAUGAGAAUGUUUGGCAUGUCUUGGAUGUUGAAUCCAGUUCUCCCGCAGCUCUGGCCGGCCUUAAUGCUCACAGUGACUUCAUUGUGGGAGCUGACCAGGUGUUACAAGAUUCUGAGGAUUUCUUCUCCUUGAUUGAAGUCAACGAGGGCAAACCCCUGAAGCUGCUGGUGUACAACACGCAGACUGACCAGUGCAGAGAGGUGGUGGUGACUCCAAAUGGAGCGUGGGGAGGAGAGGGAAGUUUAGGCUGUGGCAUUGGCUAUGGCUACUUGCACAGAAUCCCGACUCGUCUGGCUCAACCCAGCACCCCCGAAAAGACAGCUCAGCAAUCGCCUGUGAUUCUUCACGACAGUGAAGAGCCGGUUCCAAGUGAACAGACCGAGGUGCCUUCAGCAGCUGAGCUCAGCCCGUCCAGCGCCAGUGAAAUAGAUUUGAAUCAAAUCAAAGAAGCUGAGCAGGGCUUGUGUGAAACCUCAACCACACAGCCAGACGUAGACUUGGAUAGACUAGAUCUCUCCAACAUACCCGAAACUAAGUCUCCAGAUUUGUCAGACAUCGACAUGGGCCAGAUCUCCAUGUUUGCUAAUCAUGGAGAUGACUCUUGUGAUCAGAGUAGCCUGGAAACCUCAUCGGUUGACCAAAGACCACCGUCUCCAGAGAGAGAAGAAGAAUCAGAGACCCAGGAGGCAGAGCAGGGAGGUGUAAGUGACACGAUCACUACCACUUCUCCAAGCACAGAAACAGCGAGCAACCUCGUAGGCCUUGAAGAUGCCACAGAGAACCCGAGUGACUCGAGCAUCCCGGUGUCGCAGGAUACUAUUUCUGAGCCUGCCAGCUCUGCCGGUGUUGUCGAUGACACGCCAGAGACUGCAGAGGCACAAAGCUAAGAACACAGCAGUACCACAGCAUAUGUGAGCAGUUAAGACUCAUAACGGAUUAUUGUUGCAUUAGAUAGGAUGUAGAGCACAUUCUGAUAGAGAGCACUUCCAUCAUGAUCGUACGCUUCAUAACUGGAAUGUUUUUAUUUUAGUUUCAGAGUUUUGUUUGUAUUCAGGUACCAUCCCUGCAUGCUUGAUUGCACAUUGAAGGAAGCUCAUAUGUUAAACUUGAAAAGAGGCAGGUAGUUCUGAGCUGAAUGUAUACUAACGUUUAUGCAUAUUGAAUGUAAAGCAGGAUGAAGCCUUAGCUGAGUGUUCGCUGCUGUUAAAAGUCAUCCUAGUUUGCACUAAAAGCCAAAGGUAGGAAUCA